AUGACUGAUCGGCCCCCUUCAGUAUCCGGUCUGGAGGAACCCAUUAACUAUCUUGCCCGAAAUGGCCAUAUAUCGGACAGCGCCCGCAGACACGCCCGGGAUAAGCCCCGUGAGGGCUCGGAAUCGUCGCAAUCGUCAACAGAGGUCGAUGUGAAACAGUCCGUUACCAGGCCACCAACCGCCAAACUUCCCCUCCAGCACGAUCUGGCAGACGGUCAGACCGCUCUGCGUCACCCGUUCUCGCAUCUCUACCAUUCCUCCAGUACCUCGCGAUCACCGUCCACCCGAACCUCUUCGAGUUCACUUCAAGCAUUGAACGAGGAUAGUGUUGUAGAUGCUCGGUCGGAGCUCGGCGCGAUCGGACGGGGUCCCCUUCCUCGGAGGAGUUCCCACCUAGGGCAGUCGGAUACUCAAUCUCCCGAAUACCCUGUCUAUCCUGAUCAAUCCUACGCUGUCCUCCAGUCCCAAGUCCAUCCUACUUAUCAGCAUCCGUCUCUCCGUUCGCGGAGCUCCUAUCCGUCGCGAAUCGAGGUUCUUGGACGAUUUGCCCCGUCGCGUGCCUCUCGUACAGCAGGCAAUACCCCAGCGUCCAGCCCGGGAUUAUUCUCUGUCCGCAGCCCUCUUCGUUCGACUUCUUCACUCGUGUCAGAUGAUGAAGGCCGCAUCAGUAGCCCUUUCCUUCACCCAACCCAUCUCCAGCCGCCGAAAGAGACACAUACUGCUGAAGUAGACCGAGAUACUGUGACUGGAAACAAAGUCAUUAAUCAAUAUGAGAUUCUGGAAGAGCUCGGACGCGGCGAACAUGGGAAAGUGAAAUUAGGGAGACACGUGGGCUCUCGCCAGAAGGUUGCCAUCAAGAUUGUCCAGCGGUAUUCGAAACGACGCCGUCUGGGGAAGCUUGGGAACCCCGAGGACAAGGUUAAGAAGGAAGUUGCGAUCCUGAAGAAGGCUCGGCACCCGAACGUGGUUAGCCUCCUAGAGGUGAUCGAUGAUCCAAAUCGGCAGAAGGUAUACAUCGUCCUUGAAUACGUUGAGAAUGGUGAAAUCAUCUGGCGGCGACGAGGCUUGCGUGAAAUCGUCCACGUGGAUAAACGUCGACUGGAGCGCGAAAAAGCAGGCAUUCCCGAUUCCCCAUCGUUCAUGGAAGAAUGUCAGCAGUAUGUCCGGACUGCCCAGCAUCUCCGCCGCCAACGCGAGAAGGCCCGUGAGCGACGUCAAAUGCAGGCAGAACACGCUCAGGAAGGCCCUAUUCCCGCCUGGAGUUUAGAGCAUGGAGCCGAGUCAGAUGAUGAAUUGGGUCCCGAAUUGACGGUCACUCGUACGCUCAGCUGUUCAGACAUCCAGUCCUCGCCCAGCCAUUCCUCCCAUGAUGCGGCCCUAGCCGCGGUGGAGGGCAGUAUGUAUGGGCCUUAUAUAGAUUAUCCGUUUGAAAGACGGUUUAGCACAGCGUCGAGUAGCUUUGGACACGCACCUUCGGAACCCGAAUGGACGCCCGACGACGAUGAUAUGUCUUAUGUUCCCUGUUUGACACUCGAUGACGCACGCAACGCUUUCCGGGAUUCCUUGCUGGGUCUCGAAUAUCUUCACUAUCAGGGUAUCAUUCACCGUGAUAUCAAGCCUGCAAACCUCCUGCUCACCAGCAACUACCGUGUUAAAAUAUCGGACUUUGGUGUAUCUUACCUAGGGCGACCCAUGAGGGAUGAGGACGAGGAGCAAGUUGGAGAGACCGAUGCGACUGAGCUGGAUGACGCUCGGGAGCUCUCUAAAACUGUUGGAACGCCCGCUUUCUACGCUCCUGAGCUGUGUUAUACAGGCGAAGAAUUCGUCGACGCCAUUGGGUCCGCCCCGCGGAUUACCGGUGCUAUCGAUGUUUGGUCCCUUGGCGUAACUCUUUAUGGUAUGAUCUUUGGGCGCUUGCCAUUUGUCGGCGAUGAUGAAUACAGCAUGUUCCAAACGAUUGUGAAGAAGGAAGUCUUCAUUCCACGCAAACGCCUGAAGCCUGUCGAAGACGACCCUGACACCGUCGGUCAAUGGCCUCGUCAUGCGAAUAGCGGUAAGCGAAUGGAAGAUGAGCUCGGGUAUGAGGAUAUCGACGAUGAGUUGUUUGACUUGUUGAAACGCCUUCUAACGAAGGAUCCGGUGAAGAGAAUUACCGUGAAAGAGAUCAAGCAUCAUCCUUGGGUCCUGGACGGCCUACCCAACCCCAGAGCAUGGGUCGAGGAGACUGAUCCGGGGUAUCUGAGUAAAGGUAAAAGGAUCGAAGUGUCUAAUGAAGAAGUCACAACGGCUGUGAGCAAAGUACCUUUUAUACAACGUGUGCGUUCCAAUGUUGCCAAGUGGUCCAACUACCUUACCGGGAGGUCGAAGGAUAAAGAUCCUCGCAAGCGUACUUCUAGUGCGGCUCCCUCCGUCGAGUCUUCGUCCACUUCAAGUACCAACAGUUUUGGGAAGUAUCUUUGGGACACUCGUCGUGCUAGUCUCAGGGAUGAAGACUUUUUACGCCCGCCCCGUUUAAGCAAGGAUGGUGAGCAUCCCCUCUCGCAGAGUGUCACCGCGAGCCCGGUGGGUCGGGAUGAGCAAACUUGUUAUUUCGAGGGAGCCCUGGUGAAUUCACCCAUAUCGCUCGACCGGACCCCACGGCCGGAGCCACCAGAGCGUGCCGGAUCUACGUUAUCCACAGCCGAAUCUGCAAAGACAAUAAAGGCAACCAAUUUUAAUAUCACACCCGCGCCCCAAAGAAACGUCACCCCCGCUCGUAUGGAGACAUCAGGAACUACGAACGUCGGCGGCCUAUUUGGCGGCGCAAGCCUUCGACUUGCCCGAGGCCUCCAGUCGGGAGAGAAGCGCUCCGAUAGAUCGAUCUCUGAGACUGCGUCCUUGGAUGGGGACCGUCACUGCGAGCCCACCCUGGCGUUGAGCGUCGCAUCUGCAAUCGGCCAACAUUCUAAUCUGCUGCCAGAGGAGGACGUAUCCCUGUUACGGGUGGAAGGGUCAAAUACGACACCGUCAGGUCACCGCCGCAACCGCUCCCAUCAACUGCCUGGCAAGUCUUCUACGGAGCCAUUUCAUCUCACCAAGGAAGCCUUGCUACGUCAGCGACGGAGUGACAUUGAACCUCCUCCUAAUGGGCUCAAACCAUGUCAUCGUAGGGGAAGCGAGCCAUCUACGAAGGAUUGCAUCAACCUACGACCCGAGGUGCAGCCCCGAGCUACGGACUCACUUGGUGAAAAUAUUUUUUCCGACUCACCGUCUGGGGGCCUGACCACAUCACCUCCGUCCGCUGCCUCAUCCUCACUCGAGGACUACACAAGUGGCAUGUCUCAGAGCGCUUCUCAUCCGAGUAUACCCUCCGUCGCCUCAGGGGCGUCAUCGCUUUCUAGUGGAGGCGAUGCUCCAGGGAAAGAUGGCGUUCCAGCAAUUCAAGUGCCGUCGAUUCUUCGUACGGGUGAAACCGUUAAAGCACAGCAGGCAAGCACGACUCGAUCCGCGGAUGAUGACGAGUCUCGGUAUUAUUGCGACGAUGAAAAUGAAUCGGAAGACGACUCUGAGGACGAGGGCAUUGUCUUUGGUAAAAAGAAGGCAACACCCCAGAAGCCAAUCAUACGUGGUUGCAGCCUGCCCAAGUCUUGA